AUUUAAUUCUUAAGCAAUUUUAAUGGCCUCUAAAUUUUUGGCCGUGCAGGUGAACUCUACUCAAUCUACUUCUCUCAACACAGUGGCGGCGAGUGGAUCGAAUCUCACGACCUAGAGUUCAUCCCCGGAACCAACAAAGCCGUUGUGUACUCGUCAAAACACGGCCACGCGAGCUUUCCUAAAGCUGGUGUUUACUUGCAAGGAUCAACGACCCUUGGGAUCGGGAUAAGGAACGACACUGCACGUAGCGAUCUCUUGGUUGAUUCGAGCUCACGGUACGAGAUCGUUGCGGCGGAGUAUCUCGGCGCGGUGGUGAAGGAACCGCUGUGGCUGCAGUAUAUGAGAGAGUGGGGGCCGAAGAUUGUGUACGACUCGAGGGAGGAGAUCGAGAGGCUGGCGAGUCGGUUUCCGAGGACGGUUGGUGUCACGGUGGGUAACGUGUUGAGGAAGCUUCCGGUGGAGUUAUCCGGCGAGGAAGGUCCGACGGGACCUAAGGAGAAGAAUAACUGGUACGGUGAUGAAAGAUGGUGAAACUGUAAAAAAAAAAAAAGGUUAAAAUUGGUUGAAAAGGGACAUAGAAAGAAAACUUAAUUUACGUAAAGCAUUAAUUACGCAAAGGUUUUAGUUACGAUUAGCGUAGGAUGAACGAUAAGACUUAAAGUUUGUUGUCGGAAGAGUAUACAUGUGGGUCCCAUAUUGUUAUAUUUUAAAAUUAAUUUAAUUAAUGAAAACGCUUUACUGAUUACUUAUUUAGACGAACAAACCCGACCAAACCCACACAUUCGUGUACCGUGUCCUUGUUUCUUUAUUCUCUCUCUCUCUCUCUCUUUAUGAGAAAAAUAGUUUCUUUUGAUCUGUUUCGUGGAUGCUCUUUGCUCUGUUGUCUCUAGAGGAAUCUUAAAGUUGAAACCUUUUUUGAUCGUUUGGGUUUGAUCGGUGAUUUGAAUUUGAAUUCCAGCUUGUUUAUUCUCUUUUGAUUGAUUUUUGGAAACGAUGAGUGGUUUCCGAGAUGUUUGUUCAUCAAGCGGCUCGGUGAAUGUGAUGAUCGGAGUAUCAUCACCAGCUGAAGGAGAAGACGACAACGCCGCCGCCGCGGCUCUGUCGUCGGAGGAUUCGUCUUCCCCCGACGAGACGGUGGCGGGAACAGAGCUCGACUUAGCUCUGGGUCUAAGCAUUGGUUUGAACAGAAGUAGGAAUCACUCAUCAAAGGUUCGGUCUUUUUCUUCAUCUUUGUUGGCUUCCUCUUCGUCUUCUUCUCCGGCCAGAGAAAGUGGAACGAAACGGUCUGCUGAUUCCUCUGCGGCUGCCUCAAAAGGACAAGUUGCUGUAGGGUGGCCGCCUCUAAGGACUUACAGAAUCAACAGUUUGGUCAACCAAGCAAAGUCCUUGCCCACUGAAGACGGCUUGAGCUCUAACAUUCAAAAGGACACGGCGACGAAAAACGGCGUGGUGGCUGCCAAGAACGAUGAGGUUGGAUUCAUCAAAUCUCCAAUGCUUGUGAAGGUUACAAUGGACGGAGUUAUAAUAGGAAGGAAGAUUGAUCUCAAUGCUUUUGAUUCUUAUGAAGCCUUGGCGAAAACUUUGGAACAAAUGUUUUUCCACACACCUUCUUCUCUAACAACAACAAGAUGCAAGGAAACACGUGGUGCUUCAGAACUGCUGGAUGUGUCAUCAGAAUAUAUCAUAACGUAUCAAGAUAAAGACGGAGAUUGGAUGCUUGUUGGGGAUGUUCCUUGGCUGAUGUUCCUUGGGUGCGUGAAAAGACUGAGAAUCAUGAGAAGAUCAGGUGAGACUGGAGGUGGCAAGUAGGGGUUGAGAAGAUAUUCUCAGCUGAAGGGUGAAAUCAUCUUCUUUGUAAGAUGCAAAUGAUGGAACGUGGAGAUAAAAAAAAAAAAAAAAGACAAGAACACAUAUAUAUUGUUUUACUCGAGAACGAAAGUUUAUGGUUAACCUGGUCUGUAAAUUGGUAAACUCUUGUUCAGAUAAUCACAUAUAUAUAUAAUAUAUACAUGUAUUUAUGAGUA